AUGGGAGUAAGGUCGAUAAGUUGCGAGGCAGCAGAGCCGUUCGAUGGUGCUACACUGGCGCUGCUAUUAUCCUCCUCCGCGCCUUGCGCUCCCGGUAGCACCGGAUCUGCCGCCCCUUCAUCAGGGAGCCCCGCGUCCGCGAUUCCCCGCGCAGAUUCCGGUAACACCACGGAAAUUUCUGCCACGUCAUCGUCGAAUGUCACGGCGACCACAUAUUCGUCUUCUAACCCCGUCCCUGCGAACGCAACUGCCACGUCGGAUUCCGGAUCGUCGGACAGCGUCACUUUAUUCGCGUUAGCAGUAGCCGCGGUAUUAGCGUCUGUCUCCCGUUCCCCUGGCGGAAAUAUUGACGCGUCGGAAAGCAGGGGUAGCGGCCCGCGACGGGAAGAGGGGAGGGGACGGGGCAGCGGAGGUUCGAGAGAAGCGGAACGAGGAGGAAAUAGGGGGGAGGGGGGGAGACAGAGGCGUGGGCACGGGCAUAGGCAGGGGCAAGUAGGGAGGCGAGUGGGGAGUCAUGGUCAUGGCGAGGUGGGGGAGGGCGGGAAAGGGGGAAGAAGAGAGGCACGAGAGGUGGUGGGAAGUGGGGGAAGGGAGGAGGGGAGGUGUUGCGGGUGUGGGAAGAAGGAGCGGGCGGGUGGCCGGAUAGAAACAACAGGGACAAGGGGUGCUGAUGGUGCUCUAUUGGAUGUGCUUGUACCGAUUGUGACUCAAGGGAGGAACGGGCAGAGGGAAAACGAGGAGAACCAGCCUGAAGCGGUCAGGGUUGGAGAGGGAGAGGGGAGGGAUGCAGCUGGAAGGAAUGUCCAGGUGGACUUUUCCACUCGCAGCGUGCACGAAGCCGUGCCUGAAGCUCGAGGCGCUUCGGAGAAUCCCGAGGGUGGCGCAAGCGUGUGGAAACCGAAUGACACCCGGGCGGACAUUGGCUUUAAGGCAGCUCGCAGAAUAGAGGCAGGCGAGGUGAUUCUGAUAAUUCCACGAAGGUUCUUCAUAGUGGCCAACUGGAUUGCCCUGAACGAGUCAGAGCGCCAUUUACUGCCAUACGACAUGCAGCUGCCGGUGCCGUAUGGGUGGGACACAUACACCGUGCUGGCAGCCUGGCUGCUGCGAGAGAGGGCCAAGGGCGCUGCUUCCCCCUGGGCGCUCUUCCUGCGCUCCCUGCCCGCCUACGUGCCCCUGCCUGCGCUCUUCCCCCAAAGCCUGAUCGACCAGUUUGAGUACUGGCCGAUUGUGGAUCAGGCAACGCGGCUCAAAGCAGCAUAUGCUGACCUGUACGACAGAUGCAACAGCAGCAACCCCGCUGCCAUCGCCAAUGCGACGCGCUCCGAGUUCUACUGGGCUCUCACUAUAGUCACAUCGCGCUGCUUCACCUUCUCCCCUGCCCUGCGUUCCCGUGAGGGUGGGGAGGAGCAGCAGGCAGAGGGGGCGGAGGGAGCGGAGGGGGAUGGGGAUGGGAGUGCAGUUGGGGCAGAUGGUGAGGGGUGGGAGGUGAGGGGAAUGGCAGGUGAGGGGUGGGAGGUGAGGGGAAUGGCAGGGGACCACUUCCUCUUCGCGACCUAUGAAGCCAUCGAGAAAGGAGAGCCGCUGAGCAUAUCGUACGGCCCUUCCCCGGCCUCCCUCCUUUCUCUAACUUCUGCACCCCCCCUCCCCGCCCGCUUACCUCAUCCCUUCCCUCCUCGCCAGCUGUCAGGGGACCACUUCCUCUUCGCGACCUAUCAAGCCAUCGAGAAAGGAGAGCCGCUGAGCAUAUCGGGACCACUUCCUCUUCACCACCUACCAAGCCAUCGAGAAAGGAGAGCCCCUGAGCAUAUCGCAUGGUCUCCCGCCCCCUUUCCUCCCUCUUUCCCUCCCCUCCAGCUCUCAGGGGACCACUUCCUCUUCACCACCUACCAGCCCAUCGAGAAAGGCGAGCCCCUGAGCAUAUCAUAUGGAGCCAAGCCCACCAUUGACAUGGUGAGUGCUGCUCUUCCCCAGGUGAGUGCUGCUCUUCCCCAGGUGAGUGCUGCUCUUCCCCAGGUGAGUGCUGCUCUUCCCCAGGUGAGUGCUGCUCUUCCCCAGGUGAGUGCUGCUCUUCCCCAGGUUGCGGCGUUGGUGAGGGAGGUGGUGGUGAGGAUGAGAGAGGAGAAGCAGACAGGGGUGCAGGGACAGGGGCAGGCGGAGGAGGAGGGGGAGGGGCAGGAGGCACAGGGGGGGGAGGCGCAGGAAGGGGAGGCGCAGGAAGGGGAGGUGCAGGGGGAGGGAGUGCAGGAUGGUAUGGGUGGGGAGGGCACGAGUGGGGAUGGCGUGAGUGGGGAUGGCAGCACGGAUGGGGAGUGGUGGGAGGGGAUGGAGGGCGAGGAGGAGGAGUUUGAGAGCGCGAAGAAGCAGCUGGUGGUGUGGGCGGGCGGGCAUGUGAGCCCUGAGAUGCUGGCCAUGGCUGCUGCUGUGUGGCACUUCAUGAACACAGGGCGAGAGUUGGAUGCGGAACAGCUCGCCAGGGCAGCCAUGCAUCUGAGUGCACCCAUCUUGGACAACGGAAAGCCUUUUACUGAUGAUGAUUAUGCUGCUGAUGAUGGUGCUGCUGCUGCUGAUGAUGAUGGUGCUGAUGAUGGUGAUAAUAAUGGCGAUAAUGUCGGAGCAGCAGCAGAGGAAGCAGAGGCAGAUUCACAUGGUACAGAGGAUCAAGAAAGUGGAUCCAGCACAGCAGACGAACCUCAUGACAUGGCAGCACAGGCUGCUGACACGUGGCAGCAGCUGGCCCAGUCCACGUCAGCAGACAUCCUCUCCGCCCUGUCAGAAGCAGCGUGCGCGAUACAGCAGCGCGUGAGAGCCCUCAUGGGCGUGGGGCUGACAGGUGAGGAGAAGAGGCAGGCAGCGAGAGAGGCAUCAGAAGCAGAGUCAGGAAAAUGGUCAUUCUCAACGGAUUACUAUGAGGAUGAGGAUCAGUUGAGAGAGCUUGUGGCAUGUCGAGGGGGGCGCUACAGGAGUGCGAGUGAGAUCUUGGCAGGGAGCAGCGGGAAAGGGCGCGGUGAGGCGGGGGAGAGCAGGGAGGGAGAAGUGGAAGCGGGAGAGCAGACACAUGGCUCGGCGAGCGGUUCGGCAGGUGGUUUGGCGGGCAAGUUGGCGUGCUCGCCUGGUGUGAUGCGGUGGGUGCAUGAGAGGGAGACAGUGUUGCAGUUCCGCAUGGUUAAGAAGUCGAUUCUGAGUGAGGCGGAUGUGGAGAUGGGUGAGUGGUGCCGCAGCAUGGGGCGUGCUGCCAGUUAA